UCGUUAUCCCGUUCUGAUUCAAUCGUCGUCAAUAAUCAAAAAGAUGGAUCUCGCAACAACAAGGCGACACCUAAACCACAAGAAGCUUCAAAUUCUAAGGAAGGUCCCGUGAUUUUUCCUUUUCCCUUUUCCUGCAUUUUCCCGAAAUCUGAGAUCGAAUUAGGAAAUCGAGAUGGGGUUUCUCGUAACCACUCUAAUUUUUGUAGUGAUCGGAAUAAUCGCGUCGCUCUGUACCAGAAUCUGUUGCAAUAGAGGCCCCUCCACUAAUUUGUUCCAUUUGACAUUGGUUAUAACAGCGACCGUCUGUUGUUGGAUGAUGUGGGCUAUUGUAUAUCUUGCACAGAUGAAACCUCUCAUUGUUCCAAUUCUAAGUGAAGGAGAGUAAAGAUGUCCCUGGAUAAGCAUAAUUGGACCUCAUUGGUAAACCAGCAAUGUGGCUUGUGCGUCGAUCUCCAUAGAAUAUCUGAUUAGGACUCAUGGAUCAUUCAGUAUCUUCUCAUUUUGGGCCUGUGUGUAAAAUUUAUCGAUGUGAACUUUGAAUUGAUUUAGGUUGUGGUUCACUUUAUCUGUUUUAUUGCUCUCUCAUUCAAUUUGAAUACAUUGAGCAGUCAUUCUAUCAGAUACUGAGAGUACAAAUUAUGUAAUUUGAAUAAAAUAAUCACUGCAAAAAGAGCAUAUUUUGAUUUGUUGUCAACUUGUUAUGAAGAAUACAGAUGAUUAGGUUCA